AUGGCUGCCGAACAGGACACACCUGCAGGUGACGUCGUUGCCGAUGCACAGGAUCACGAAGAGGCCCCGGAACGCACGAAACGCCAGCGCACACAUGCGGACGCAUCGAAGCAUGCUACCAGCAUAUCUACUCCUGAAUCUCCACCUAACAAGAGACGCCGCCGAGAACCUAUCUCAGCAGCAGACGACGCUACAGUCAAGGAGGCCGAAAGCUACAAGGAGAAAGCAAGGAAAGCAGAGCAGGUCCGCGACGCAACAAAAAAGAAGCGCAAAGAGGAGGAGAAGAUCGCGAAGCAGAAAGCAAAGGAAGUGAAAAAGGCUCGUGAGGCAGCAGAUAAGAAGCGUCAGGCGGAGGACAAGGCUGUAAUAAAGGCCGUCAAGGACAAAGAAUGUGAGGAUAAGAAAAAGAAGACCAUCGCAGAGAAGACGAAGAAGCAGGAAGAGAAGGAGCAGAAGGAGCAUAGGAAGAAGCAAUGGGAAGACUACUGUACGACCCACAACUUCACUGGUGCAACUCUGGCUGAGGAGCCUGGGGAAUCCAUCACACAAAGCGACGCGGGCCAGUAUUACACGCUGAAACCGAAUGAGCUGGCAUGUCUACCGCAUCACCCUCGGAAAAAUCCUCUCUAUAAGAACACCACCAAACUCUUCGAUGAAGAUGAGGUACGAUCUCUAGCAUAUCGCAAGUAUGCGAUCUUUGGCGGUGUCUCACAGAGUCCCGAGAGCACGAUGCUUGCCGAAGGGAAAAAGCUAUGGGACGAUGAGGGAGAGCGUUUGGGAAAGGACAAGCUUGAGCUUGUUACAGCGUGUCCUGGGGGGCUUGCACGGGGAAUCGACCCGAGUUUCGAUGGUAAUGGUGACCUAAACUGGUGGAGAGACCCGCGUGAGCUUCGUAGGCUGGGCUUCAAGAACGGAAAGCUUCCCGCCAAUCGAAAGAGGGCUUCUAGGAAGAAGGCAAGGAGCGAUGACGAGUCCUUCGACUACAACCACCACGAGGACCACUAGAAACACUGUUAUUGUCUGCGUAUUACCGUGAGCCAUGGGACGCGGCUGGAAGCUGGAACGCUUGUCCCUCGAUGGACGCACGUGCGGAGCUUUUCCGUGCGUGCAUAUCCCCCCACCCUCACUUCGUCUUCAGUGGGACCUCGGCGGCGGACAAUGGAUAGUCCGACCGAGCCCGACAUUCUUGCCUAUGUGGUCCUAGCUGUAGAUUUAGUGCCUUACUGACAUGUAGACUAUUGAUUGUGAAUUCAAGCUUGCUCCUGGCCAGUUUCGGUUUCACGCUUCCAUCGCUGGGGCGCCUCAGCAUGCAUGCAGACCGUCGAGCAGACCACCAGACCGUCGAAAAAACCACGCAGGUGACAAGAUAUCUGUCCGCUGCUCCUGGAGUUAUGAGUGGAGUUCCAACAACGUGGUCGUGAGGAGAACCGCAGUUCGUCUUGGCAAAGUUCUAGACUCGGGGAGGGGAGC